AUGUGUGACUCAGCAGACUCGUAUGUACAAAAGCUCAGUUAUCUCCAUCUGAAUGAGGAUGGAGACCGAGUUCCUGGAGGUGGAGGCGCUAUUGGAGUACCUGGCCACAUCGGAGGCUCCAAACCCGAGGCUCAGGUUCCAAUCUCAGGAGACCAGCUCAAGCAUCAUCACUAUUUGCAGCAGCACUACCAGCAGCAGCAGCAGCAGCAGCAGCAAUAUUCUCGGUCCAACAGGUCGAUGAGUGCUAUUGACAACUACAUAGACGAGCACACCCAGUCGUACGACCGCGAACUACCCAGAUAUCCUGUCUCCAAGUCGAUAGACCUCGAGGACAGAAAUCCUGUGUAUGAAAAUAUAGAGUACUACCCUGGACCCACGCACCCGCCGUAUUAUCAUUCUUUGGAGAAGAAGAGCCCAAAGAGUAGUCCAAGGACUUCGCUGGCAGGGGACUGCUAUGACCCUUCCUUCAGGAAAGCCCAGCCCCAGGUACCUACUAAUAAAUACACAGUGUCUCCAGCCAAGGAACUACCUCCUUACGAAGCUCCGCCAGUUUAUGAGAAUAUCCAGGAAAUUAAUUAUCUUGACGACGCUGCCCAGAUACCGUCAAUAAACCCCCGUUACUUAACAUCAUCAUCCUCAGCAAGCGACUUGCAAGCCCGAGGAAGCACAUACGUUCCGCCAUCAGAGCUGCAGCCCCAACUCCAGCAGCCACCACGGAUGAAUCCGUCUUAUGAUUCAUCACCGCGUCAUUCGGAGACUCACUACACGCGUAUGAGUAAUGAACACGUUCCAGGAGUAGGAGUAGGAGUAGGACCAGCCGGGUCUUACAGGUCUCUGAGUCAAGUGACAGAUCCCGGGCAGUAUCGCGGCGAGAACGGACAGUUCAAGUACCCCAGUGAGCCAAGACACUCGCCAGUCUACGGUACAAGGUCGACAGACGCUCGUCUGCCCGGAUACACGCCAGCGAACCCGCGUAAUAUAAUGCCAGCGACCUGGAACACCGGUGAAAGGUACAACAGCUCACCUAGCCGCGAGUAUGCCGCGAGAACUCCCGUAUACUCCUCGAACAAGACCAACGAAGGCCAUGAGUCACCCUCUUCCAAUCGCAGCUCCCCUUUGUACGCGAUUCCGCACGCAGGGAGGGACCAGUCCAGGUCCAGGGACUCUGGACCGACUCAGCAGGACUCCAGACAGCAGAACCAGAGUCUGAAGCACCCCAGCAGCCCGGUCCACCCUCCCCCGAGUCCCAAAGGUCAUCCAGCUCUGCAACAGCCGGUCUCGCUGCCUCCCAGUGCUCCAGUGACUUCCAGACCGGCUGCUCAGUACCCGCCUAGUCCAGUUCGCGGUCAAGUCCAACCUCCAGUCAACAGCGCGACUGUUCCCGUUGAUGAUCUUGCUCCAGUUCCGAGAAUCACCAGCUUACCUCCCGGAGUCACCAGUGGUGUAGCUGGACCAGUUUUUCUCAACGCCGGAGUUCCUGUUCUGCAAAAACCUCCAGCUGAAUUGAACGCUCCAGUGAUUGACAAACGUCCCGUGCCCAGCCCGAGCCCUACUACGAAAACUAUCCAAGGAAAAGGCUUGCUGCCGUACAGCGUCACUCCUGCUAGACCUUCCGGGCCCACUGAGGCUGAGAGGAAGAUUGAGGAGCUCACUAGACAGCUCGAGGAAGAGAUGGAGAAGCAAGAGGAGGAAGGAGAGUACUUUGGAAUUUGUCAUACCUGUGGGGAAAAAGUCACUGGCGCUGGACAGGCUUGCCAGGCUAUGGGGAAUCUUUAUCAUACUAAUUGCUUUAUUUGCUGCUCAUGUGGAAGGGCUUUGAGAGGAAAAGCCUUUUAUAAUAUACUGCAAGCGAUGGGCAAGUCAUAUCAUCCAGGCUGCUUCAGAUGCUGCGUGUGCAAUGAAUGUCUUGAUGGUGUUCCAUUUACAGUGGACGUCGACAAUAAAAUUUACUGUGUCAAUGAUUAUCAUCGUAUGUUUGCUCCGAAAUGUGCGUCUUGUGGCAAAGGAAUAACUCCUGUCGAAGGAACGGAAGAAACCGUGAGAGUGGUAUCAAUGGACCGGGAUUUUCAUGUUGAUUGUUACAUAUGCGAAGAUUGUGGUAUGCAAUUGACUGACGAACCGGAUAAACGUUGUUAUCCAUUAGACGGACGGUUAAUGUGUCGAGCAUGUCACAUUGAACGUAUAUCACUUACUCAACCACGUGCUCCGCAACCAGUUUCUGCAAGUUAUCAAUAUAUGGGUUAA